UUUUAUUUUCUUAGAAUUUAGCUUUCUGGCAACUUCUCCAGAGUACACAUUUCCAUUUUGUGGCACUGUAAAGAGAUGGAAAGUCCUAUUUGUUGGUGAUGGAACGUUGUGGCUGCAAGUCUGGCGACCUCAAAAAGCUAUGUCCUAUAGGCUAAUUCAAGAAACAACAUUUUACGCCAUCGAAGCACCUACGAUGCAACAACUGACUUCAAUUACAAGCCCGGAAAUAAUGCACUUUGUCAAAGGAGAUGUCAUUGGAUGGAAAUGCAAACAAAAUGUAAACAUACCAUUCCGGAUAGGUCCAGUGAUUGCACGAGGGCGCGGAUUCUGGAAAAGAUGGACGUCUCACAGAAAGAGGGCUAUCGUUGACUGGGGACAGGGGGAAUUUCUAUAUGGAAGACAAUAUGCCAUAUCUGCUGUUAUAUCUGAAAACACUCCUCCUUUCUUUGUGAGGGAUGGCAUUUCAGUUACCUCAUACCAGGUUACCAUUGGUGACACUACGACCAUUUACAGUCCAGUCCUUGCAGUAUCUGUCAAAGACAGAGAUGACAACAGAACAUUGAGAGUAGUUAUGGAAACAAAAUCUAUCUAUUUUGUUUUCAAUGAUUCAUCAAAUAACAUUCUUACUGCAAAGUUGUUGAAAAUUGGACACUUCACCCUGAAAAUAAAAGCUGUUGACUCCUGUGGCAAAUCAGCAGCAGUUCCUGUCUUUGUUACAGUUGUUGAAAGUAACCCUACAACCACACAGGAGACAUUUUUGGGCAAACCAGUCAUUGUUUGGAAAGUAGGCUUGCCCUUGUCUCUUGGUUUGACUCUAAUUUGCCUUGGAAGCUUGUUAGUGUGUUCCUGCAUUCGAUGGAGAAAAGAAACCACCUUCCAAGAUGCCUUUACACAUGAACAAAAUGUGUGUAACUACUAACAGAAAAGUUAUCAACACUGCUUCUAUGUACAGAUAAUUUUAUUUUCUUUAAAAAAAUUGUAAAUAGAAUCAUGAUUGUAUAUAUUACAAUACACCUUUAAAAUAAUAUA